CCCGCGUCUGGCGCCGCAUCCGACGGCUCUUCCUUGAUUCUCCUAUCCUCGCCUGACGGAUCCAAGUUCCAACACCCCGCCCCUCAAUGAGAGUCGCCAUCGUCGCCGUCGGCGAGCUGGCGCGCUACUUUGUGGAGGAGCUGCUGGCCCGCGGCCACGACGUCGUCGCCGUGUCGCGCAGCCGCAAGCCGUACCUCGACGCGCUGGACGGCGUCGAGCAGCGCGUCGCCGCAGACUACGGCGCCCGGGGCCUCCGCGACGCGCUGGCCGACUGCGACGCGGCCGUCUGCACGCUGAGGGGCGGCGUCCCGCGGUUCCCGGCCAUACACGCCGCCGUCCUCGAGGCGUGCCGGCGCUCCGCCACCUGCAAGCGCCUCAUCCCCUCGGCAUGGGCCGGCAACCUCGAGGAGUUCCCCGACGAGCCGCUGGACUGGGCCGACGAGCUCGUGCCCGUCCUCGACGCCCUGCGCGGCCAGACCGACGUCAGCUGGUCGGCCGUCUGCCCCGGGUGGUACGCCGACUACAUCCUCCCCGCGGGCCAGCGGCACCUGGGCGACAUUGGCGGCAUGUGGCCGCAGGACCACGGGCAAAAGACGUUUACGCUGUACGGCAAGGGCGGCCAGCUCGUCAACCUGACCUCUGCGCGAGACGCGGCCCGCGCGACCGUGGCGCUGCUGGAGCACGACCGGCACUCGUGGGAGGACUUUACGUACGUGUCCGGGGCGCAAAUGUCCUGGAGGCAGCUCGCGGACUUUGUCAAGGGCAUGGACCCGGCCUACACGUUUCGCCGCAAGUCGCUCGCCCAGAGCGUCAGGCAGUACGCGGCGGCUGUCGACGAGAGCCCGGAGAGCCGCUCCGUCGCCGUCUUCGAGCUGUGGGGGCACAGCGAGGCGCUCCAUUUCCCGUGGGACAAGGUGGAGAGGCACAGGGACAAGUAUUUCAAGGGACUCAAGUUCAGGGACCUGUCGGAGCUCGCGAGGGAGGCCCGGGCAGACCCCGCCAUGGUAGUGUAGCCGGCACGCACAGCAAAGCACAGUCGAGUCGAG